AUGGCAUCAAUUUUUACGGUUACUUACUUCCUGAAAAAAGGCGGACUAAUGAUGAUCGACCACGCCGACCAGAACUGCACGUGUACAACUGCAGAAUUUCCCGUGGCAUUCGGUCAUUCACACCAUAGCGGGCACACCUGGGAUCUGCUCGAAGCCCCUGUGCACAUCACCCUGCUCCCGAAUAGGGCGGACUUGUUAAAGACGGUGCGAGUGAGAGUGCGAUUCUCUUUGAGCCCGACCGCUUUAGCCGCUCCCCCCUCGCCAACCCCCCUCCUAUACGUCCACAUACUUGGCACUCCGUUCUCCUGCCGCAUGGCCCUUCAUGGCCUUCUCCCUCCCGCACAGUUAGCUUUCUAA